AUGAUGGAUGGGUGCAUCGGCCACUUCUCCGUGCCCUUUACUACGUACCUCACCUCACCUCACCUCAACUUGGGGUCUGCUGCUACCUCGCCCGUCACCUCUCACAUAUCAACUCUCACCACCACACGGGAAGCAACGCUGACGGGCGUCUCUCCCAUAGAUACUGUACCAACACACGCACAUGAGCGCCCAAUUGCCUGGAGCAGCAUAUCAGCGGCUGGCCUCGGCAUGCGCAUCGACUUGCUGAUUGAAAGACACGAAGAGGGAAAAAAGGCCAUCACGAUUCACCAUUGUCAACCCCCGCGGGGGUUUUACGACGACCGCGCUUUUGAGCAUCCGUAUGCUCAAUCGGGUCUACACACAGUGGCAUUCACGGCAGUUGUGGAUUUGAUCCUCUCAGCUGAACCCCUCAAUCCCGCCCAGUCCUCAGCUUCGACACCCCACCUCAUCUCCGACGCCAUUGCGUCAGACCAGUCCGACAUGGACCGUGGACCAGACCCCCCGCAGAUCACAACGGUUCCUGAACCUUGUCCGAACCCUUUCCCUCCUGGUCGUGCAACUGGCUCAAUUGGCCUCUCUGAUUUGCUUCGAAAUCGGCGCUCCAUGCACAAAGUCAUCGGGGUUAAGCAAGAAGCAUGGGACGGCUACUUUCUGCUACUGCAAGAUGCCGUGGCAGCUACGACGUCCGGGUUUCCCAUUAUCGACAAGCCGGGCCAAGGAGGAACGACAGGUGUUUGGGAUGGACAGGUCCUUGGGCAGAGUACAACCUGCCGGCGAGCGCCCACGGCUCCAAUUAGACGGCGCAACUCUCGGUCAACUUGUGAGGGCGCAUGGAGAACCCCGCUCCUCUCGGCCAGCAAUUCCACAGUCCGCCCCCAUCCCACUCUUCCUAUUCCCCUCCCGCAACCCGGCCGCUGUAUCCAGACCAAACUCGCAAAACCCCCAUCCCAGAGCUGCAACCUGGGAUCCGAUCCCUCCAGCAACCGCGUCCAAAUGUCACCCUACCAGUACCAAGUCUGCGAUGUCCCUCGCCUGGCCGCUUCUAAGCGUCCUGCUGCUGCUAGAGCUGGUCAUGGACCCCCAAAUCAACGACCUAGAGAGGUCGGGAAACCUGACUCGCCAGAGAAGCAUGGGUUGGGCGACGUCGCGGCGGCGACAAACUCCCGACGACGCCUGCUAGCGAUACGUCUAGGAGUCGAAGGAGCAGAUCGGUCCAGCUUGGUGCCCCGAAUACUCGGUCGCGGCCUACACCACAUGCAGAUGGGAGGUAUUGGCAGGUACACAUCGCACACCUUUUCGGGAAGACGUUGGAUCAUCAUUCACGAGUUGAAGCAAAAGGCAAUAAGUGGUUCACAGGGUUUGACCCAAGCGGAAUACCUCUGCUCUCGCUCAAUUGCUCCAUUCGGCAUUGUCUGCAUCGCCGGCGUGGGAUGCUCAGUUCUCACGAGAGCACUUGAGACUCUCAAGCUGACAAGAACACGGAAGACGAGGCAAAAACCCUCAAUGAGCCCACUUGACUGGAGACAGGUGAUACUCACCGGUUUGCCACGAUCCAUCAUCUGGCCGGAGCUUCGCCGAGGUCUCGACUCUUGA